UUCGGCUCUAAUGCCUCAUGAUUUUAGAAAGAGCUGGUGCAAUAGAGGGUAAAAUUGUGGGUCAGGUUUUUCAACCGGAUCGGUGAACAGUUUCCUCCCACCGUAGCUCGGCUGAAAGAACCCUUGUUUGAAAAUGAAACUUCUUAUUUGAGUCGGAUGUGUGUGUGUGUUUCUCUCUCUUCGAUUUCUGCUCCUUGCAGGGUGAAGAAGGCGUUAAAAGUUGGGAAGAUACGAUCAAACAUCUUCACAGCACCAGAUAAAACUCCCUUCCAAAUUGCUCGGAGGCUCAACUCAAGAAGACAUGGCUUCUUGUGGCUGAUACUGUGAAUGAGUGGCUUGUGAUAUACCUAGAAUUUCUCCUUCUUCUCACGUGCAGCAUUUACCAAUAUACUGGAGAGGCUGGAAAAGACAUCAACUUCAUCACACGAUGCUGCUGUGCUUCAUCCUCCUCUCUCUGAGCUGGAGUCAGACGCCCACAAGUGGAGAGGUGGUGGAUUCCUUUCAAGACCAUUGUCCUCAGUUUUUCCUCCGAGAAACCCCACCAGUUAUUGGGGUCCCUCUGUCCCCUGUCCGCAUUUGCCAGCGUUACCAAAACUUGUACCGUUUUGCCACUUUGUAUGAUAAACACAACCGCAUCCCAGUAUAUUCGGCGUAUGUGUAUAACCCUGGGAAGGCUAAGAGACCCGGAAAAUGGAUGGUUGAACCUCAGCUCAUCAGUUCCACGUUCCAAAGUGAAAUGGAAACAGAAAGGGACUUCCUGAAUAAAAAGGGCCCCAAAGCAGCUAUGCAGGACAGCCAGGCCGUCUUGGAAGAUUACAAGAACCUGACUGAUUGCAACAGGGGCCAUCUGAACCCAAAUGGACAUCAGCCUGAUUACAGUGCCAAGUCUUCCACCUUCACCCUGACAAACAUCGUCCCCCAGUUCAUAAAACUCAACGGCGGAGCCUGGAACAACUACGAGCAAACCACCAUGCAGCAGAUGACCAGAGGAUGCCACCAGACGUUUGCGGUGGUGGGGGCAGUGCCAGGAGACACCUACAUAUCUGGAGGGAGGGUCAACAGGCCCAGCCAUUUGUGGUCUGCAGCCUGCUGCGUGAUAGACAACAAUCAUCUUCGAUCCUGGGCCAUCCUUGCCAGGAAUGACCAAAACGUGGUGCAGAGGUUCACUCUAGGCCAGUUGGAGGAGAAGCUCGCACAGUUGUAUAAUGUGAAUCAUGUCUCCCUGUUUCACAGUGACUGCCCCCGGCAAUAAAUUAUGUCCCUCUUGCACAACUGUGGCAGGUGGCAAAUUGACUGGAGUGAAUUUAAUAAUGGGUGUAUUAAAAAUGUCUUGUAGAGGGCAGCAGAGAGUCAAUUUAGCAGAUCGCGGUAGAAAGCUUAAGCAGGCAGAGAUCUGAUUAGUACCGCUAUCUGCACAGGGAUUAUGUCAUCAAAAUUUAAAUGUUAGGAUAGGAAAGGACGCUGGAAAAACGAUCAGUAAGAAUGAAACAGCAAACUAUGUUCAUUCUCUGAUGAAGAGAAUAGAAACAGAAAUAAUAGGAACAGAACAG